AUGUUUGUAGACCGUCAGGUCCCGGGCUACAUUAAAGGCAAGCUGGUGGGUGCAUGCGCUUCCCUGCGGACGCUUGGAAUUGGAUUUGUGGGAAUGGCCUACUCGAGGGGUAACCUAGUAUGUGUACGAGUACUGACUGACUGAUGUCCGGGUGUCUAUUAUGUACUUAGUCUGAUCCUUGUUUGAUGGGUACCGUUAGAGUUGAAACUUUUUGUUCUAACUCUUUUUUCUCUCUUUUUCUUUUCACCGUGGCAGGCUUUGUGAGGAGGUUUUGGCAAUCUAGGUAAGGAGCAUGUCUUCCCCGUUUCAAAUUCCCGCACUGUUACGGCGAGUGGAGGGAAAUAACGGAUAUUGGCAUUUCGGGCCUUGUGGUCGGCGCCCGCAUAUGGGUCCCGGACCCGAGCGAGGGGGAGGCGAGAUGGGAGAUGGCUGACCGGGUGAACCUAGCGAGGACCACCGUGGGACGCCGGAGGCGUAUGUGCAGAUUCUACAUUAUCCGUUAUUAUGGAACGCCUUGACCAUUGAUUCCUGGAGACAUCAUUCUUGAACAUUGACCAUAACAUCUUUAGACCAGGGCGAGUGGUUACGUUGAUCGAGAGAUCUUAUUGGAAGACGCUGAACGAUCAUGUGAAUGCGAUGGAUCCGUUAUGUGCGGUCGUGUGGCCUACUGACAAUUACAAGGAUUUUGAGGACGACGACCAGGUAUGGGGCAUGGCCUUCAGGAUUAAAGCCAAUCGAGUAGAAGACGUAAUGAGGUAUGAGGGACGAAAAUGAACGAAAAAUGAUGAAAUUUCAAGAGAGGGUUUCUCUCAAAUCUCUUCGGGAUGGCUGACCAUGGUGAUAGGGAGCUAAACAUUCGGGAAAUAAACGGGUACAGUGUCCGCAACGACAUCGAGGUGUUUUCAGUGCGUUCUCAGCGAAGCCAAUAAUUCCUCUAGUAAAUCUAGUUUGCGGGGGAAGAGACAAAGUGCUGACCUCCGCUUGAUUUCAGUCCGAACCGGAUGUCCCUCCGAUCAAGGCGUUGGUUUAUAUAGGGACACCCGGAAACCCGCAAUUUAUCGCACGUGAAGGUAUCCCGGGGCUCGACGAACUUGCGCGCCACAUAUUCAACUCUCGGGGGCCGUCGGGUGAAAACCGCGAAUAUCUGUACAACCUACACAAGUCGCUGACAGGCCUUUGCCUAGCAGCCCAUGAUCGUCAUGUUAGUCGUUUAUUCCACCGUGUUGUCGCGAUCGAGGCUGAGGAUAAGGUCAAACACCUUGGUCCAGGUCUAGGGGGUCCGGGGAGCGAGGAUGAACAGGAGCUGGAGGGUUGAGGGCUGUUUCAUGAUAGUCAUUAUUGUUUUAGAAAGAAAAAAAAAUGCAUCGCAUUCUGAUAUUG